GUUAAGCUACUCAGCGUCUUUAUCGUCCCAUUAGAGUUUCUGUGAUGAAAACCCGCUAGCAGCAGCAGAAGAAGAACAACAAGAAGAAGAAGACGAAGAAGAGUUUUGAACCGUGUUGACGACACGCGGCACUGCGUGACGGCGCUCCACGCCACAGUUUUAACUUCCGUACAAUAGCAUGAACAGGACAAACCCAGGUUUCUGCCAGACGUUUACGCAAUAGUUCUCAUAAGGAAGAAUUAUCAAGAUGUCGGAUUCAGACUCUGAUUCUGAUUAUGGUGUGGACUGGGACGACUUCAGAGAUAAACGUAUGGCCUCCCAGAAAACUAACAUAUUUGACAUCUUCAAUCCAAAAGAUGAGGUUUUUGAACAAUGGAGCUGUAUCCCCGUUGACACCAGAAAAGAGGCAGCACAGCGGAUGAAAAUUUGUGUUUUCUGGCUUCCCAUUUUGCUCCAGCGUGAAGAGUCCAGCUCUGUUGUUGGCUGGGCUUUACAGAUAGGCCUAAUCGACAUUAAUGAAGAUCUAAGUCUGAAGCACCUUCAAAAGAUAGAAGCGGUGGAGACGAUCCUGAGAGCCCUGGAGAAAGGAACUUUGAAAAGGGACCAAACAAAGCACGUUUUCUGGAUAAGCAAAAUGUUUACUUUGCAUACCCCGGAGGUUUUGGAGAAUGCUUUACUUUGGUUGGACCGGACAGAAGAGCCUGCUAUUCGCCAGCGGGUCAUGGACCUCGGCCACGUACACACCUGCUUCACGACCCUGCAUCUUAUCUUCAUAGAGUUUGCUAAGUAUGUGUAUAACAUGGGUACCAACUUGGAGAAGACCAUGAGGGAACUGAUGGCUCGACCGUCUUCGUGUGAUGUCGAGAAAAGUGAAGAAAUGAAAAGGAAAGGAAAUGAGAGCUUUCAGAGGCAGCAGUAUAAAGACGCUGUGAGGUUUUAUUCCAAAGCCAUCAAACAUUACCCUGACAACCACAUCAUUUAUGGAAAUAGAGCCCUGUGCCAUAUCCGCUGUAAGGAAUAUCUAAAAGCCGUCGGUGAUGGAAAACGAGCUACUCUGAUAAAACCGCUGUGGGCUAAGGGUCAUUACCGCUACUGCGAGGCUUUGUUCUGCCUGGGAGAAGUCAGGAUGGCAUUUGAAGCCAACAGUUCGGCCCAGAGUCUGUGUAAGGACGACCAGGAGGGAUUGAAAAACCUGGAACAGCAGCACCUGAAGUUCACCACUGAAAUGGCAGACCCCAACGAUGGGUGGCCUAAGAAAACUCAAAGUAAAAGAGCGGAGAGCGCUAGCAGAGCUCAUGCUGCAGAGUCACAGCCAACAGCAAACUCAGCUCCACAGAAUAAGCAAACAUCACCAGAAAAUGUCAGUAAUGUCUCUCAGAAUAAAAUGGACAAGAAACCAGGGAGAAAUGAGAGGACUGCACAAGCAGAGAGCAAUGCGAAAGAGUCUAAACCAUCAAAAAGUGAAUUCUCCUCCAAGAAUGUGAAGGGAGAGCAAAGCACGGCUGCAAAGAAGAAGUCAAAGCACAGAAAUCGUGCUGAAAAUGAGAAUGAGAGGGUGGACGACAGCAAAGCGGUUGUGUGUGCGCAGUUGAGAUCUGUGGUGCAGGACGCCCACUCUGCUCUGGCUGACCUGCGCAGCCGCAACGCAGAGCAGGCCUUCAGCCGAGCGCUGGCCUUACUGGAAAGCACCACACCCAAGGAUCUUGGACUUUCCAGGCUGGACGUGCUGUUGUUGCUUUAUGGCCGAGCGUCGGCCCUGACGGAGAUCGGCCAGCCCGAGGAACUUGGAGAAGCACGAAGACUUCUGGAGAGGAUCAAAUCGUUCGAGGAGAGGACGUUUCAGUGUCUGGUUUUCUAUGCCGUGGGCAGGGUUUACGUCAAAGAGAACAGGUUUGCUGUUGCUCUGGAGCAGUUUUCAGAUUCGCUGCAGAUGGUGAAGAAUCAGAUCACGCCGGGUAAACUCACGUGGCCUUUAACUAAAGAGAUUGUCAAAGAAACACAGCCCGACUAUUUCAAGCAAAAUUUGGAGAUUGUUAUAGAUUUGUGUAGAUUUCCUCCUGUUCCCGAUGCCAUUUGUCGACUUCAGAAAGGCCAUGGACAUUUGAAAGCUGAAAUCUACUUCACAGAUCCAGAUUUUAAGGGCUUCAUUCAGAUGUCCUGCUGUCAGAGCUGCAUUGUUGAAUAUCACAUGACCUGUUGGAAGACCCUCAAGGUGUCAUCUUUCUCUGAAAAGAAUGAAAAGGAUUUCCUACAAGAUCCGUGUUUGACUCCAGACUGUGUCGGACAAAUCUGUUGUAUCAAAAUCUUUGGUCCCACGGGCCUGGUGAAAUGUAAGUUUGAAGCUCCCAUCUCCAAAGCACAGAUUUCAAAGAGGCCAAAAGUGAACCAGAAAUGUACAAGUCUGAAGAAGUUAAAAUCAAAAGAAGAGCGUCGUCUCAGGAGGAAGCAGCAUAAGCAGUUGUGUCAAGAAAAGCGGGCGAGCGACAGUGAGAUUCUGCAGAAGACAGAAGACUCGGCGAGUCAGGUUCAACAGAAAGCCUGGCUGCUGUACAGGGAUCGAGUUCUCCUGCAUAUUAGCCAGAACAUGGAGCUGCUGAGAGAGGAGAGGAACCUCCACGUGUCGGCCCUGGUCGGCUGCCUGAAGCCCUGGCUGACGCUGGACUCCUCCAGGGGGAACCGGCUGGCUGUGAGGAUUCUGUGCUGGGAUCAGGAGCAGCUGGAGACUGUAGCUCAGGUGGUCGAACUGCUGCUGGAGAGGAAGAACCGGGUGUGGGCUCGUGUCCUCGUCCAGCUGCUCAGUAGCUGUCGGGAUUUAAACCCUAAACUCUACAACUGGGCGUGUCAGCUCGACAGGGCAGGUCUGGAUGCUGCCAGACUCUUCAUCGAGCGCUACUCGGAGCACUUGGAGCAGCUCGACUUGGCUUUUUUGCUCAGUUUUGAUCCACUGCAGGAGGUGAUUAUAGACAAGCUCGGUUCUAGACUGGAGCUUUUGUCAAGCGCUGGCUUGACUGUGACUGAAUACCUAAAACAGGCCCCACCACAGGACAUGAGACUCUUUAUCUGGGCUCUGGAGGAGCAUAGAGAUCAGUAUGUGUCCUGUCACUCUAUUCUGGAUGAAUAUUUUGAUAUGAUGGAUGGCCUUUGUUCUGUUUUAAAAAAGUCUGAUGAAAAUCAAAAUAAUUCUCCUAUGAGGAGUCGAGGUCGGAAAAAGAAACCGAAAGAGCCGAAGGGCCUUAUUGUUUGGUCUGGCACGAGAAGCGUAACUCCGAGGGAUGAGCGGGACCACGACUUUUUUGAAGAUGAAUCUUUAUCUUUCCUAGACCCCGGCGAGCCGUUCAGCAUACCCGGUCACCUUCGAGAGCAAGUGGCCGAUUUUGAGGACCAGUACAACAGCACCAGACACAGAAGUCACUAUGAAGAAAUUUUGGACAACAACCCCGACCCAACAAAAGAGACUUUAUAUGACUACUUUGCUCAGAUCUUGGAGGAGCACGGCCCUCUGGUCCCCGAGGACCCCCUGCUGGUGGGGGAGCUGGAAAACUUCCCAGCUGAAGCUCAGCUGAAGAUCCAGGAGGCGGGCGGCUUCGAGCUCUUCCUCCUGGAGUCCCAUCGCUUCAUAAAGAUCGGGAGGUCUAUCGGCCUGGCUCAGUACGCCGAUUCCCUGCUGCAGACCCAACAGGGAGCCAGUCUGGACGAUCUGGACGACCUGGAUGCAGUAGUGGAUGCAGUAGUGGAUCCUUACGCGAACCCUCCAGCCCCUGGAUUCACAAACUAUUUGGACGGUUACUCGUGUGCACCGAGUGAAGUGUGUCCCAUCCUCCCAAAUCCUUAUGAAUUUGGUUCCAUCCCCGCUCCUCCGUUUAGCCUCUCAGCUCAUGGAGUCGCUUUCAUAGUGCAUGAUCCCAUGUCUCAUUGGAUUAGCAUUGACAGUCAACAACAAACCCCUUAUUUUUUCCCUAAUAACUACGGGGAGCUUGAGCUCUACUCCGCCGAGGCUGAGGGUGGAGUUCCAGCAUGUGAUCCACCUUCAGCUGAAGUUGCUUCAGUGACAGACGAAAGCUUUUUGAAGAGAGAUGCAGCAGCACAGACGUGUCAGGAGACCAUGAGGAGUGUGGCGGUGAAUACUGAGCUUCAUGAGCGUUUCGAGAGCUGCCAGGGUGACCUCAAUAAAAAGCAAAAGAGCAACAUGGAACUGGAGAAGCACAUCGAGAAAAUGGCGAACGACUGCCACAAAGUCAGCGUCCAGCACAAUGAAGACCUCGCUGUCCUUGAGGACGACAUUCAGAAGAUAACUGCCAAUAUACAAGUGACCAAUAAAGAACUGGCGCUGUUCCAGCACAAGCUGGAAGAGGAGGUGAAGACGGACCAGAAGGAGAAGAAAGCCAACCAGGAGGCACUGAGGUCCCUCAAGGUGGUGAUAGAAGAGUUGGUGGAGGAGCACGGGAGACUUACCCAAAACGUCCGGGAGAAGAAGGCCAAGUAUGACGCCAAGUUGAGUGAUUUCCUCGAACUGAGCAAUCAGUCGGCAGCUGAGAAGAUGAGUCUGGAGGAUGAGAUCAAGCGCCAUAAGGCCCGGUUGGCCUCGGCUACCAGGAGGUCUCGCACAGCUCAGCUGUCGGUGGUGGAGAGCAGUCGGGAUCAGGGUUUGUACGGCCUCUGCAGAGAGCUGACCACCGCUAAGACUCUGCUGAGCAAACUGGACGAAGCAGCGCACAGAAACCCAAACCAAGACCUGGAAACGGAGAGAAGCAGCUGGAAAGCCACCAUCCAGGAGCUUGAAACAAAAAUCUCCACCACAGAGACUCAGUACCAGGAGCAGAUGGAUGCGGUGAAGAACGGCAGGAGAGUCGGCGAGUUACCGUCUGUCAGCCUCAGCAGCCAGCCUGAACCUCCGGCUGCACCACCGUCGGGAGCAGCCGAGGAGUUUGUCCCUCCGUCUUCCUCGUCCCACAGCUCCGCCCCGACCGUCGCCCGGCCUGCAGCCGAGCCUCCGGCCGCUCCGCCUCAGGCGCAGCACAGACCUCCGCCCAGGACCGCGGAGCCUCCGCACGGCACCGUGUUUGACAAAGCCAUGGAGGGCCUGGCCGCCAUCUUCCCCGGCUACACAAGGUCAGACAUGAUGAGGUUCAUUCAGGAGUUGCGUUCAUCCAGCGGCGGGAGCCUGAACAGCAUGGAGUUGCACGAUGUGGUUGGUGGAGUCACCCAGCUGAUCCUGGAUCAUCAGGAGAAGCUUAAUUCAGCCAAAGCGAACAUGGUGGGACGUGGGAGUCCAGCUCCGUGUGCCACCCCGCCUCCGGUGACCCCCGUAUGGCAGACCGUCGCAGCCCCGAGAGCCACGCACUCAAACGCGCUGAACGUCGAGGAUCCCUGCAUCAUCUGUCACGAUGACAUGAGUCCAGACGACACGUGCGUGCUGGAGUGCAGACACAGCUUCCACAACGAGUGUAUACGCUCGUGGCUGAAGGAGCAGAGCACCUGUCCCACCUGCAGAGAUCACGCUCUGCUGCCGGAGGAUUUCCCCGUGCUGCCCGGCAGGAGACGCCAGGCCCCGUGACGUCUUCACGCUUCCACAUUACUGCUUUUA